CAAUUCGACCGUCAAUUCAAUUCAAUUGAAAGUGUUGAGCUUAGCGAAUAAUAAAAGCAAAAUGUUUUUGAAAGCGUUAGUAGUGACCGUGUGUCUAAUUAAAUUAGCUUCGACCCAAUCGAGCGAUCCAGAUCCAUGUAAUUCAUUCAACAUAACCGAUACGAUUGGUCAAAUGAAGUUGAUGCUCAGGAGCAGCUGCAUAAAUGGUAAAAACUUCGUCUUGUGGACCACGCAAACGGCUAGUUGGUUCAGAGCCGAUAACAUUUGUCGAUUUAAUCAAAUGCAACUGGCGAUGAUCAACUCUGCUGAGGAGCAGACACUCGUCUCAAAUUUAAUAGAUCGAUCCACUUUCGGUAACAAUGGAUUUUGGACUUCGGGCAACGAUCUGGCAUGUCAACGAAAUUGGUACUGGUCGAGUAAUGGCAGUCCAAUCAAGUAUUUCAGUUGGAAAGCUGGUGAGCCGAACAAUUUACGGAAUACCAAUGAACGAUGCAUCAAUCUCAUGUCGAAAGUCGACAACUACCAAUGGAACGAUGCUCCCUGCGACCAUCCAUACUAUUUCAUAUGCGAGGAGAAAUGUGGAUGCGACAAAACUAAAUUUUAGUGUGAGCUUCUGCUGAGAAGAAUAAAAUGCCAUGAAUUGCUAA